AUGAGCAUUGCCCAAAAAAAUAAAUAUGAUAUUAAUCAAGAUCUUCCUGAUAAUGAUGACUCCGCCUCAUAUAACCAAAGUAAAGAAGAAUUACAAAAUAUAUUUUCUUAUGGAUUAAGUUCUACAAAGCGAGAUUCAUCCGUGUGGCAAUAUUUUGAUAAAACAACAGUAGAUAAUCCAGGUUUACCUGUUUGCAAAAAGUGUAAAAAAGUAUUCUCAUCACUCUUAAAUCCAAACCCUCAUUUGAAAAUAGAACAGCAAGAACGAGACAAUUUGGUUGUAAGAUGGAUUGUUUGUGACAUGCAACUAUUUAGCGUCAUAGAAAGUGAAGAAUGGCGAAACAUGAUUUCAAAAUUUGAUCCAAGAUACCAAUUUUCUAGUAGAAACACAAUAAAAGAUCAUGUAAUAAAGUUAUUUCAGAACAAAAAAGAUGAAGUUAAAACAACAUUACGUCAAAUUCCCGGUAAAGAUAUUCCCCAGUAG